UGGGUUGGUGAGGUUGAACUGUCGCCAUCGCAACCCCUCUUCCUUUGGGCUGCGAUAUGAUGAUUGCGCGAAUGGAGCCGAUUAAUACUGAGCGCUUGACGCUGUAAUAACACAACAAUAAUAAAACGGGCUGAUCUGAAUAUCUAGAAGAAUAAAAGAGACUGGGAGAAGAAUGGCACAAGACAGUAUUUAUUAUUAUAGGUUGCCAGCAGUUAGAUUCAUCCCUCUUGUUAAUGUUAUUCUGUUUGUGGAUGGAAUAUCUACAGUCAUACUCUGGAUUUUAGGUGGUCGAUCUCACUACUUGGAAAAUGACGUACUUAAAUGGUGUUUCUGGAGGUCAACCUUUGACCUUGCAGCCUUUUGCACAAUGAAAACCUGCAUUCUUGUGGUUAUUUACCUGACGAUGGAGUCAAUUGCCCUUAAACAGAUUGAUGACCUUAACAAUUCUAACCUUAAAAGGAAAAGAGAGCUGCUACAUCUGAUUAGCUUUAUAAUCUCCGGUCUUUGGGUUGCAUAUACCAUGGCCAAAGGAAUUACAAUUCUGGUAACGCAGAGUUAUAAAGAGAUGCACCUAACUUUCAAGAUUGUUUGUAUUUCUACCCUGGUCUUCAGCCUGAUUGAAUUCCCCUUUUGUGUUUUUUGCAACAGAUUCCUGAGAAGACUUCAGAUCUUUCGCAUUGUGCACAGCAUUGAAGAAGAAAGGGACAAAAAAAGUAAAGCUGAUCUUAAACGCCUCUUCUCAUUGGCUAAAGAUGAAAUGCUGAUUUGCGUUGUUGGGAUGUUGGCGCUAGUUGUCUCCUGUCUUUCGCAGAUAGUGGCUCCAUUUUUCUUUGGCAAGGUCAUUGAUAUGGCUACGGAAUCAAUGGAGGAUCUUGACAAAAUGAUUCUUAUCCUCUUUGGCAUUUAUGUCGGUGGUGCUGCUUGUUCGUUUAUCCGCGCCUACUUUUUUGUUCUUGCGGGACAUAGGCUGGUGGCCAGACUGCGCAAAAGGCUUUUUGGCAGCAUUAUAAUGCAAGAAAUCGCAUUCUUCGAUGAGAACAGAACUGGCGAAUUAACAAGUCGCUUGUCAUCUGAUACUCAGAUUAUUCAGAAUACUUUAACGGUAAACCUGUCCAUGUUGCUGCGAAACACAUUGCAGAUCAUUGGCUCUUUAGUUCUUAUGUUUGUUGUAAGCCCAGCAUUGACUGGAGUGCUACUCGCCUCAGUCCCAGUUGUAGCAAUAGGAGGGGUCCUAUAUGGGGAGUUUGUGAAGAGAUUACAAAAAAUGUUCCAGGAUGAACUGGCAACUGUUGGUGCAACGGCAGAAGAGAUCAUCUCUAACAUUCGUACUGUGAGGACUUUCUGUAGUGAAAAGAAAUCUGAAGAACUGUAUGACAAAGGAAUAGAUAAAAGCUAUCUGAUUGGAAAGAAAUUGGCCCUGGCAGAAGGAUCAUUCAGUGGGCUGGUGCUGACUGUCUUACAGGGCGCAAUUGUGCUCGUACUGUGGUAUGGUGCAAAGCUAGUCUAUGAUGGAAGACAUGGAAAAUCUGGAAUCUCUUUUGGGACUCUGGCAUCCUUUAUGGUAUAUUCGAUUAAUGUUGCAAUGGCAUUUGGAAUGUUAGCCUCUCUCUAUGGUGACUUCAUGCAAGCUGUUGGAGCCUCUAUUCGUAUCUUUGAGCUGCUGGACCGUAAGCCAAACAUUCCCUGUGUGGGUGGAAAUCACGUUGCUUCUCUUGAAGGCAGACUUGAGUUCCAGAAAGUCAGUUUUACGUACCCUACUAGGCAAGCAUCUCAGGUUUUGAAGGAAAUGACGUUUACAGUUGAACCAAGUAACAUGGUAGCACUGGUUGGUCCAUCAGGUGGAGGCAAAUCAACUAUAGUCAACCUAAUAGAGAGAUUCUAUGAUCCAGAUUCUGGAAGAAUAUUACUUGGAGGAUGUGAUCUACAAAGCUUGGAUCCACAGUGGUUCCGGCAGAAGAUUUCAAUCGUCAGUCAGGAACCUAUGUUGUUUGCAAUGUCAAUUAAAAAUAAUAUCACAUAUGGAAGAGAGGCUAACAUGGAGGAGGUGGUUGAUGCUGCCAAAAAGGCAAAUGCUCAUGAUUUCAUUGUAUCGUUUGAGAAUGGAUAUGAUACAAUUGUAGGAGAGCGUGGAAUCAGACUUUCGGGAGGCCAAAAGCAGAGGAUAGCUAUCGCCCGGGCUCUUGUUAUGGAUCCUGUGCUGUUGCUACUUGAUGAGGCUACAAGUGCUUUGGAUGCAGAAAGUGAGCACCUAGUACAAGAGGCCAUUGAUCGAGUUAUGCAAGAGAGAACGGUUUUGGUAAUUGCGCACAGGCUUUCAACUGUAAGAAAUGCCUCCAAGGUGAUUGUUGUUGACAAAGGAAGGAUAGUCGAAUGUGGUACCCAUAAGAACCUUUUGGAGAAGGGAGGAAUCUACAAGAAAUUAGUUCUUCACCAACUGACUGCAGGCUCAGUAGAGUUUGAAGGUGAUGAUUUCCAGGGAGAUGUACCUUUGAAUGGUACACAGACGGAAGAUGCCAUAAACUCCGAGAAAGAAUAUUGGAGCAACACGGGUAUUGAUAUGGGGGAGCAAUGAAAUGGGUGAACUAUAAUGGGUAUGCUGGGAAGCUUUAAAAUAUGUUGUGUUGGGGAAUAAAUAGAAAAUGAAAACAAGCACUGUUUGUAAUUGUAUACUUGCCUUUGAACAUGUGUAGUUCAUUUGAAUGUAAAAUUACAUGCAUUAAGUUAUUUAUUUCCAUCUUGAAACUAAAAUAUGGGAACUUGUUGCAAAAUCUCAUAACUGCUAGAUAUUUGAGCUAAUUCUAUUUUAAACAACAUUCACAUUAAUGUCAUGCUCCAGUGAAAAAUAUUUCUGUCUCAUAUUUAAGGCUGUUGUGUCAGCCACCUCAUGCAAUGUGUACCAGAAUAGAAUAAGAAACCUUGAUUAUUCCUAUGUGGAAUUCUAAUUCACAUCGAAUGGCUGAAUGUAAAUUGCUUCCUUUUUUGUUUUCUAUUAAUAUGCUUGUAGUGAUAAUUUAGGGCUGUUAUGCAUGAGAAUUGACUUAAGCCAUAAUUGCUACAUUUGUUAUCAUUAUCUUGAUGUAAUUUUGAUAGAAACAGAGUAAAAGAAAAGUGCUGUAA